AUGAACGGGACAGCUGUAGACGAUGUCGAGAAGACGGUAGCGCCAAUCGUCGUUGAUUGGGACUCAUCAGAUGACCAGCAGAACCCCAUGAACUGGUCAAAGAACAAGAAGUGGUCUACUAUCAUUCUGGUGGCAUACAUCACCUUCGUCACUUCAUUUGGUUCCACCAUCUUUGCGCCUGGUGUCCCAGAGUUGCUCAGAGAGUUCCACAACACCAGCGAUGAACUCGCAACCUUUAUUGUCUCAAUCUACAUUCUCGGCUUCUGCGUUGGACCUUUGUUCCUUGCGCCGCUCAGUGAAGUCUACGGUCGCUUCCCGGUCUACUACAUUGCCAACAUCCUUUUUCUCAUCUUCUCCAUCGCGUGCGCAGUGAGCUCAGGCAUGGGUAUGUUCAUCAUCUUCCGCUUGUGUCAAGGUAUCACUGCCUGUCCUCCACUGGUACUUGGUGGAGGAACCAUUGGCGAUUUGAUGGCUCCGGUUGAUCGAGGGCAGGCCCUCACCAUCUGGUCAAUGGGACCUCUACUUGGACCCGUGAUUGGACCUGUGGUUGGUGGCUUCAUGGCUCAGAAUAUUGGGUGGCGUUGGACCUUUUGGUUUACUGCAAUCAUGACUGGCGUCGGCGUCAUCGUGUCGCACUUCAUCCUACGAGAAACCUAUGCACCGACUCUGCUGGGCAAGAAAGCUGCGCGACUUCGAAAAGAAACAGGCGAUCCCAACUACAAGUCGAAAUUCGAUAAAGGCUUGAGCUCAAGCCAACAUUUCAAGGCGGCUAUCAUUCGCCCGACCAAGAUGCUGUUCUGCUCACCCAUUGUCGCCAUCCUCGCCCUCAACAUGUCCAUCAUCUACAGCUAUCUCUACUUCCUCUUCACAACAUUCACAUUCGUCUUCAAAGGCCAAUACCACUUCAACGCCGGAGAGUCUGGCCUCGCAUACCUAGGCCUAGGUGUAGGCUUCAUCCUUGGACAGUUCGGCGUCGGCAGUGCUGCGGACAAAUACUACAAGCGGAAAGCAGCCGAGGGACCCACAAAACCGGAACACCGCCUCCCUCCCCUGAUUGUCGGUGCGUUCCUGAUCCCUGCAGGUCUGCUGUGGUACGGUUGGACGGCUGAGUAUGAAGUGCACUGGAUCGUGCCUAUUAUUGGGACUUCGUUCAUCGGCCUCGGCAUCAUGUGCGCUUUCCUUCCCAUCCAGAUGUAUCUCAUUGAUACGUUUGGUGUCUACGCCGCAAGCGCCUUGGCCACGAACACUGUGGUCAGAUCGUUGUUCGGAGCCGUCCUGCCAUUGGCUGGACGUCGUCUGUAUGCUGCUCUUGGACUUGGCUGGGGCAACAGCACCUUGGCUUUCAUUGCUCUUGCCAUGACUCCAGUUCCGUUCUUGUUACUCAAGUACGGUGAGCGGAUUAGGACACACCCAAGGUUUCAAGUUAAUCUGUAA